CGCGCUGCCCACAGGGCCGGCUGCGGGGCUCCGGGCAGCCGCCGCCGCCCCUCCCCGCGGCCCCGCAUCGCCGCCCCGCGCCCAUUAUGGCUGCGUGCGCAGCGCCCCGCGCCCCCUGUCCCGUUCUCCUCCUCCUCCUCUUGCUCCUUCUGGGCGGCUGCGGGGCCAGCCUGCCCCCCGAGCCGCCGCCGCCGCCGAGUCCCGAGCUGCAGCCGCAGCCCCUGCCGGAGUCGGCUCUGCGCAAGCCCACCGUGCUGCUGGCCAUCAUCGCCCGCAACGCGGCCAGCGCGCUGCCGCACUUCCUCGGCUGCGUGGAGAGGCUGCGCUACCCCAAGAGCAGGAUCGCGCUCUGGGUGGCCACUGACCACAACGCUGAUAACACCACUGCAAUCCUUAGGGAGUGGCUGAAGAACGUGCAGAACCUCUACCAUGACGUGGAGUGGAGGCCAAUGGAAGACCCACAGUCCUACCCAGAAGAAAUGGGACCGAAGCAUUGGCCGAGCUCCCGUUUCACCCACGUGAUGAAGCUGAGGCAGGCUGCCCUGCGUGCCGCGCGGGAGAAGUGGUCAGACUACAUUCUGUUUCUCGAUACGGAUAAUUUGCUGACCAACCCAGAAACUCUGAACCUGCUGAUAGCAGAAAACAAGACCUUGGUGGCACCGAUGCUGGAGUCUCGCUUUCUGUAUUCCAACUUCUGGUGUGGCAUCACCCCCCAGGGCUAUUACAAAAGGACCCUGGAUUACCCCUUGAUCCGGGAAUGGAAGAGGACGGGCUGUUUUGCUGUCCCGAUGAUCCAUUCCACAUUCCUCAUUGACCUGAGGAAGGAGGCCUCCACCAAGCUGAUGUUCUACCCGCCCCACCAGGACUACACCUGGAGCUUUGAUGAUAUCAUGGUCUUUGCCUUCUCCAGUCGCCAAGCAGGAAUUCAGAUGUUCAUCUGCAACCGCGAGCACUACGGUUUCCUUCCCAUGCCCCUGAAGUCACACCAGACGCUGCAGGAAGAGACAGAGAACUUUGUGCACACACUGAUUGAGGCUAUGAUCGAUCGUCCUCCCAUUGAGCCUUCUCAGUACGUCUCCGUUCCUCCAAAGCACCCUGACAAGAUGGGAUUUGAUGAAAUUUUCAUGAUCAAUCUGAAGCGUCGAAAGGACAGGCGGGACCGGAUGCUGCGGACACUCUAUGAGCAGGAGAUUGCAGUCAAGAUCAUGGAGGCUGUGGAUGGAAAAGCACUGAACACGAGUCAGCUCAAAGCUCUCAGCAUCGACAUGCUGCCGGGGUACCGGGACCCCUACUCCUCCCGGCCGCUGACCAGGGGAGAGAUCGGCUGCUUCCUCAGCCAUUACUACAUCUGGAAGGAGGUGGUGAGCAGAGGACUGGAGAAGACUCUCGUUAUCGAGGAUGACGUGCGCUUUGAACACCAGUUUAAGAGGAAGCUGAUGAAGCUGAUGGAUGACAUAGAACAAGCUCAGCUAGACUGGGAGCUUAUCUACAUUGGCCGGAAAAGGAUGCAGGUGCAGCAGCCCGAGAAAGCAGUUCCCAAUGUCAUGAAUCUGGUGGAAGCUGAUUACUCAUAUUGGACCCUGGGGUAUGCAAUCUCUUUCCAAGGGGCUCAGAAGCUAAUUGGGGCAGAGCCUUUCAGCAAGAUGCUGCCUGUGGAUGAGUUUCUGCCAGUCAUGUACAACAAGCACCCUGUAGCGAAGUACAUGGAGUAUUACGAAUCCCGAGACUUGAAGGCCUUUUCAGCAGAACCCUUGCUCGUUUACCCCACCCACUACACAGGGCAGCCAGGCUACCUCAGUGACACAGAGACCUCCACCAUCUGGGACAACGAGACCGUGUCCACGGACUGGGACAGGACACACUCUUGGAAGUCACGGCAGCAGGGCCAGAUCCACAGCGAGGCACAGAACAAGGAUGCCCUGCCGCCCCAGUCCUCCCUCAACGCGCCGUCCUCCAGGGAUGAGCUAUGACUGCCCGCCUCCUCUGGGCUCUGUUGACAGCCAAACCUGCCUCACGCUUUGGCUUUUCACCUCUGGAAGUUGUAGAGCAGCUGUUUGCAGGGACUCUGUCCUGCUGCGUGGGACGGCACGGCGGGGCUGCUGGGUUGGGCCCUGUGGGGUUGGAUCCAAUCGGGUUGGACCCAGUUGGGUUAUGGCUCACCGGGCUGCUUUUCCGAGACUGUGGGGAAACAAAGGAGGAAAAAGGUGUUCCAGGCAGGCAGAGAUCUGAACAAAAGCCUUUGUAAGCUUUUGUUUGAAAAAAAAAUCCUUGAAUGACGUCUUUCUACAACACCUUGUGUAGAAUGCUGUAUUUAUGAAAAUUAAUAUAUAGAGGUGUACAAGUGUUCCAUACCUUUCCGGAUAGCUGUAAUUGGGCUGCUGUGUAGCUUUUUCUCCUUGUAGUCUGCAGGUUUUUAUAACCCUGUUUAUGAGAGAAACUGCAGAGAGUAUUUGGGUUAGGAGGUUUCGUUUUGUCAGUAUCAGAAUGGUUUCCAAAAAUACUCCAUGCACUGGAGCAGUGCUCUAAGUGUAGUGUCUUCUCUUCACGCUUCUGCAGAAAAGCAUUCCUGGCUUCCUGUUUGAACGUCGAGGCUGCCCGGAUCUCAUUCAGAUGGGCUCCUGGCCCACGACAGAUGUGUUGGUGCAUCAGAGAACCUGCAGAGCAGCAGGCAGAGCAGUGCUGCCACUUGUAUUUCCUCUGCACUCCAAAAGGAACACAUUCAGCUUCCUUCCCCCUCCACGUGUUCCUUCAGGACGUAAAGGCAACUUGUCUUGAUAUUUUUUCAUGUGAGGAGCAAACCUGUUUUUUUUUUUGGGUGUGUGCUGACGUCCUUGCUGUUGGCUCCUGUGACAGCAGAGCGCGAUGGUGGUGUUUCGAAGAGGUUUGGGAGCAGGCAGGUGGCCAUGGGCUGCAGCUCUGGGCCGCUCUCCUGCACGGCAGCGCAGAGCCUCGCUGCCAGCUGAUCUGUGCAGUUGAUCUGUGUGUGGUUGGUUUGUUGUGUUUUUUUAAUUUUCUUGUUUGUUUUUAAUAAUUCUUGAUCCAUGUUGUGCUUUCUGCUAAAGACGACAUGUUACUACCUGUCAGCGGGUCUGAUAAUACAUAGAACCUGGUGCAAGAAAUGCA